AUGCCUUGGACCCUCUCAUCGCUCCUCUCUGCCCCACUCACGGCAGCGGCGUCGUACCUCCCCUCGGUGCCGUUGCCAGCCAACCUGCAGCAGAGGCUCGUCGCGUUCUUGCUCAGGAGGGCGAUAGGCGGGUUCGUCAAGGGCGGAGGGGAGGGGUUGGGCGACGAGGGCAGGAUCGAGGCGGAUGUCCGCGAGGGGAGGUUCGUGGUCAGAGACGUCGAGGUGGACGAGCAGGCCAUCAAUGCCCUCCUCUCGCCUCCUCAUCUCCCCACUUCCGAUGGCGAUAGCGUCCCCGACGCUUCCCUGCGCUUCGAAUCCGGCUCGAUAGGCACCGUCACGGCGCUCGUUGCGUGGCCGCUGACGAAGCUCGACCUCGUCAUCGACCAAGUCGACCUCGUCUUCCGCGUCUCGAAUUCGCCUCGACCCGCCGAACCCCCUUCCUCCCCUCCUCCGUCUGAGAUUCCGCCUACACCUCCACCAGACGCAAGCGACCCUCUCGCCGAGUCGCAUAUCUCGGUCUCAAUCGCGCACGACUUCAUCUCGCACGAGCUGCUCCCGUCAGAAGACGCCGAAUUGCGCGAGUCGCUACACCUGUCGCCCUCGCUUGCAUCGUCUGUCGACCUUCCUGGCGCUUUUGGCGGAGCAGCAAGAAGCAGCGGAGGGUCGGAGCAGGAGGCGGAGGAAGUCGAGACGACUGUCUUGGCGGGCCUCAUUGAGCGGGUUCUGGCGAGACUGGGGGUCAAGGUUAAGCAGGUUCGGCUGAGGCUGCUGUGGGAGACGGAAGGAAUGGAUGGCGAGAACGAGCUGGAUGUGCGGAUAGGCGAGGUCGUGUACACGGGCGACGCGGGCGAACCUGGCGCCGCCAAAGCGCCGCUCGUUCGCAGCCUGCAAAUCUCGCCUCCUCAAGUUUACCUUCGUCUCGCCGAACCCGCGUCGCCGUCUCCGACGACCUCGUCUCGACCGGCGACAAACCGUCGCGACUCGUCAGAAUCCGACUCUUCCUCCUCCUCCUCGGGCGACGAAGCCGAUCUUCUCGCCAUGUCUCAAUCGAUUGCCGACCUGCGCACUUCAGUCUACUCGACGAGGAGCGGUGGAUCUUCCAGCACCGCGCGGAGCGACUUGUUCGCGUCGGCUAGAUCCGCGCCUUUCCAGUCGGUCAGCGAAGAGCCGGAGGAGGACGACCCUUUCCACGAUCCGGAUGCGGAGGCGCGCACCGCAUCUUCCACUUCUUCGCCGCCUGAUCAGCGAGAUCCGCCUUCGCUCAUUCUCUCCCUCGGCCCCUCCGACAAGCCCAUUACGCUUCUCCUGUCGACGGUGCAGCCCGCAUCCGACGGCGACAAGCCUUCCAAGCUCUCCCGGCGACCGGUUGUGACUCUCUCUGCCGACGUCGACAGUCCCUGGAUCUGCGCGAUCACCGCCGAACAGCUCGCCGCUCUUCUUUCCCUUGCCGCUCACCUGUCCGCCACUGCGUCAUCGACUUCAGCAACCCCUCAAACCCCUCCGACACGAUCCAGCACAAGCACUGCCAACUUUUCAUUGUCCCUCCGUGCGGUUCACCUCCUCAUCGCGCUUCCGCCAAAGGCUUCCGUUCCGUCACCGCCUUUCCCGCCUGCCAUUCUCACCCACCCCGACACCGUCAUUCGUGCGCCACAUCUUCGCCUGCGACUCGAAAGUCUCGGUUUCACCAGCGAUGCGUCUACGGGCAUGCGGGUUCGAAUCGACCACAUUGCUCUGACCGAGACCUCCGCAUUACCGGGAGGUGUAGGUAGCGAGGACGUCUGGCGCACCCUUCCGCUCCUUGUUGACGAUGUCGCGCUCGCGAGCCGCCCGCCGACGGAUGCGUCGGCUAACAGCCCGGACUGGGUGCGAGUUGCGACUGCGGGAGAAGGUGGACCCUCGGCGGCGCAAGGGGCCGUCUACGGACGAGACUGGCGCUUCGCCUCGAGGAACAUGGGCAAGAAGAGCGCUUCGAAGGACGAGGGCGACACGACGAAGACGCCGGCGCUGGUCUUGAGCGCGUCAAGCAGUGAGGGUCUCGCCGUCGACCUCGCGCCUUUGCACGCUUUCAUCGACUUGAGCGCGAUCGGAAGGCUACUUCCGCUCGUUGAGCUGUGCAUGGAAGCGCUACCUCCUUCAUCGGAAUCGGCAGUCCCGCAAGAGCCGCCCAUAGCGCCGACGCCUCGUCCCUCAAGCCCUGCCUUUCCUACCGUCCCCCCUCGCGACAUCCUCGACGACUUUGUGGGCACUCCCGACACGCUUCGUCACGCCUCAUCUCAAGAAGCUUUCGCGCUGCUCGUGCGAUGUCCGCUCUUGCGCAUCGAGAUCCGCUGUCCGGCGCCAAAGGAGUAUCGCCUCGCGGCGCACGAUGGGGAGCUCGUGCGGAGCGGUCGCCUCGUCGUCGAUGUUGUCUCGACAAGGCUCGCGAUCGGCAAGUCGACGACGAAACUUGACCUUGAGGCAUUCGAAGCGUUCUUCGCCCUCAAGUCCGAUGUCCAGGCUGCGCGAUUCCUCCAGAUCUCGCCACUAGCCCCGCUUACCGAAGACCCAGCGGCGGUCUGUCCAUGCCUCACCGCAGCUUUCGGCGCAGCCUACCCUACCUUCGACGUCACCCUCCCGCUUGCACAUGUUCAGCUCGACAAGCCGACGUUCGACGGCCUUCAACUAUUCGCCGACGACAUUUCGCAGUAUGUCGGCAUCGAGCUGGCCGAGUCGUCGUACGCCUCAUCCGACGAAGAACACCACGGCAUGCGCGGCACAAGGAUGAUUGGCUCGCGCUACUUCGGUGCGAAGAGCUUCAUGCACCCUCGAAGGCGCCGUCGCGAGAGCGAGACGGACAGCACGGCGAGCACGGUAACAGUGCGAGGUCGUUCGGGAGGAGGCGGAUCCGGCGGCCGCGCGGAGGGUCGGACAGCUUCUGCGAACGUCAGCGUGACGGAUGUCAUCGUCGACUUGCAUUUGGGAGCACUCACGGCCGGCUCGGUGAAUGUCCGCCAUCUCCACCUUGCAGGAUCAGAUCUCGGGCUCGAGGUUGAGCUGCUCAAAGACGGCCACGCGGAUCUUCGGGCGAGCCUCAGCGUGAUGGACGUCAACAUUGAAGACCAGUCGAAGACGACAGCUCCGGUGACGAUCUUGGGCCGGACCAUGCCGCGCGAUCUCACGACGCCGUCGUCCGCGCUCGUCCAGGUCGGCUUCUCGAGCUCGACGGAGCGUGAGACCAACUUGAAGGAGUCGAAGGUUCAGCUCACGCUCAGCGACUUUACCUACUACCUCUCCGCCGAUUUGGCCUGGAUGCAAGACUUAGGCGCAUUCGUCAAAGCGCCCGAAGGGGCCUUCGAACACGUCGUCCCAAACGAGCUCACCCGUCUUCGCGUACGCCUGAAUUCAAUCUGCGCCCACGUCUCUGCGCCGUCGAGCUCGUCACACCUCGUCCUUGUUAUCGCCGAGGCUCGACUUCGUACCGACCUCAUGCCCGAUCUUCCCCGUACGACACUCUUGGCGGAUGUCACAGGCUUGCGAGCUCUCGCGGUCGAUAGCGAAGCCGACCUGGCGGAGAUCGCGCCUGGUCUGCGACAGCAGGAGGAUUGGCGGUUCUGGAGGGCGAAAGGCUUCGUGCCGAUUGCGCACAUCGAGCAGGCGUCGGUCGAGGCUCGUCAAGGCAACGGCCUCGUCUUGCCCGAUCUCGACGUUCUCGUCAAUGGCGCCAAGGUGGACGUCUCGCUCUGUGCCGACACUAUCGCCAGCUUGACCACCUUCGCCAGUGCUUUCGUCGCCGAUCUGUCAUUAACAGGCUUGCACAGCUCGCCUCGAACGUCGACGGCUUCCAGGGGGCGACGCGGAACGCGGAAGGAUCCGGGCGACCUCCUGGCGUCGGUGGACCCCGCAGCCUUCGAGCAGGCUCCGCCUAUGCACGACCUGCCUGAACUGCUCGACGACGACGUGCCGGCGAACACGACGUACAUCAGCGACGCUCUGCUACGAUCGACCUCACAAUCAGCCGCGGCCAAGGCUCACCAGCGCACCGCUUCUUCAGCGAGCUUGCCAGCUUUCGGUCAAGCCGACUCGGCGCAGCUUCUCUCGGAAAUUGAUGGCGAGACGAUCAAGACGUUGGUUCCAGAAGGCUUGCAGAUCAUCGACGAGUGGCUUGCCGAGUCGCGAAUCGACGACGAUGAGCACAGCGCGACGGCAAGCUCGAUACGCUGCCGGCUGGUCAACUCGGACAUCUCGAUUCGCCUCCAUGAAGGCUACGACUGGGCCGCCACGCGGAAAGCUAUCGAGGAGGAGGCGAAGGCGGUUCGACGCCGGCUCGAGAAGAUCCGACAGCUGCUCGCCAGCGGUCAGGCAGCCGAUGCGAGCGCGGAGACGGCGUCGGUCCUCAUGUUCGGAUCGGUACAGCUUGGCCUGCCACCUGGCGCGAGCGAGCUGCCGGCGAAGGAGUUGCUCGCAGCUAUCAACGAGGAGCUCGAUGACUCGCCCACCUCGGACGCGGUCAGCACGGCCGCGUCAAGCUGGCAGAGCUUUCCAGGCGGCACCCCACCUGCAACCGCAAGACCGCCGGCACCUGCUGUCGUCGGCAAGCUGCGCAAGCGACUCACGCGCUCGAAGGCCUUUGCCAUCGAGAUCAACGUGCGCGACCUGAAUGCCAACUUCGACAGCUACUCGUCUUCGCUCAGUAUCCAAGCGUCAAGACUGCUCGGCGUCGAUCCCGCACUCAGCUCGAAGAUUCAGGCCGACAUCGGCGACUUGGAGAUCAUCGACAACAUCAAGACGUCGACUUGGCGCAAAUUCUUGACCGAACUUCGUCCGAGUGAGGGUGGCGUGAUGCGUCCGACCGGCGGUCGCAUGGCGAGGCUCGAGCUGCGGGCGGUCAAGCCGGUUGGGAAGCUUCCGCAUGCGCACGACGAACUCGUCGCCAAGCUCCGAGUGUCGCCGCUUCGCUUAUACAUCGACCAAGAUGCCCUCGACUUCCUCAAGUCCUUCGGCGCCUUCGAGCGUCCCGUCGCCAAUGCACCCGCCCAAGCUAGUCGAGCAUCCAAAGAGCCUUUCUACCAGCGUGUCGAAGUCUUGCCGGUCAAGCUCAAGGUGGACUACAAGCCGAAGCGGGUCGACUACAAUGCGCUCAGGCGCGGCAAAACCGCCGAGCUCAUGAACUUCUUCCACUUCGACGGUUCCGAGAUGACCUUGCGGCAUCUCGUCGUCACCGGCGUCUCGGGCACGUCAACCCUCUCGAAUCUCGUGCAAGACAUCUGGUCGCCGGACGUCAAGGCGCAUCAGCUCGCAGAUGUCGUCGGCGGUAUCGCGCCAAUCCGCUCGGUCGUCAACGUCGGCGCCGGCAUGGCCAAUCUCGUCCUCCUUCCGAUGGAGCAGUACCGCAAGGAUGGCCGCGUCGUACGUGGCCUGCAAAAAGGCGCACAAGCUUUCGCCAAGCAGACGACGCUCGAGGCCAUCAACGUCGGCGCCAAACUCGCGACCGGCACGCAAGUCAUCCUCGAGCAGGCAGAGCAUGUUCUCGGGGCCAAGUUCAGCCAGCCUGUGUCUGCCGAAGCGAUUGCGCCAUUCGCGCCCGACGUUCCGCACGACUCGCCAAAUCAGCUCGAGGACAGCUUGGUCGACGACGGGUUGCCCGACCUUCGCAGCCGCUACGCCGAGCAGCCCGCCGACUUCCGCGAGGGCGUGCAGAGUGCGUACAAGACGCUCGGCGACAACGUCAAGGAGGCCGCACAGACAAUUCUGGCGGUUCCGAUGGAAGUCUACGAACGGUCUGGCAACGAGGGUGCCGUCCGUGCUGUCGUCCGCGCCGUCCCCAUCGCCGUCCUCAAGCCGAUGAUCGGCGCAUCCGGCGCCGUCUCGAAGGCGCUGCUCGGGUUGCGCAACACGCUCGACCCGAACGCCCAGCAGAGCGAGCUCGAGGACAAGUACAAGUGA